AUGCGGUUCCGACUCGCCCGUCUGCCGCUCACACAAGUCCUCCGUCCUUCUUUGCUUCCCCUUCCCCUCAGUGCGCGCUCGAUCCGAACGAUGACCGACGCCGCUCCCGCCUCCGUCGCGGUCCCCGCAGCCUCCACCUCCGCCCCCGCUCCGGCAGAGGUCGCCGCCCCGGCUCCGGUCAGCGCCGUUCCCGCCGAGAACGGAGCAUCCACUUCGACCGCUGCCCAGCAGAAGAAGCCCGGACCCAAGGUCAACCCCUCCGGCAAGGGCAAGCGGAAGCGCAACCGCCGCCCGCUGCCGGAUCCCUACUCGCCGGCCGACGUGCUGUACCACGACGUCGUUGACUUCCUCGGACCGGAGUACGUGAAGGAGGUGCUGGCGCGCGGCGACGAGAGCGAGUGGACCGCCCCCGAGGGACUGGAGCGGUUCAGCAUCGUCGAGCUCAACGUCGGGGCUAUGACUGUUAGUGGCGAGUCGCUGUCGCUGUACGAGGAGAACGGGAAGAAGUGGGCCGUCGUCGUACCCUUCGCGCAUCCGGGUGAUAUCAUCAAGGCGAAGAUCUUCAAGCACGACCGCUUUUGCUCCUACGCCGAUCUCGAGGCGACGCUGUCCUACUCCUCGGCCCUGCGCGGAGGGGAGGGUGACUUGUCGCAGAACCCCGAGGGACCGGGGUGCAAGUACUUUGGCGAGUGCGGUGGCUGCCAGCUGCAGCCGGUGCCCUACCGCCUCCAGCUGGCGCACAAGCAGCGCACCGUUGACCUGGCGUACAAGCGCUUCUCCUCCCUGCCGGCGAACAAGGUGCCGACAAUCCUGCCGACGAUCCCCUCUCCGCAGCAGUGGGGAUACAGGACCAAGAUCACGCCGCACUUUGACGCGGCGCCGCGCGCGGUCCGCGAGGGCGGAGAGGAGGCGCUCAACUCGUGGUCUGGGCCCAAUGUCGGCUUCGACCGCAAGGGCAAGCCGGGCGUGCUCGACAUCGAGGAGUGCCCGAUCGCUACUCCCGUGCUGAACGCCAAGCUGACCGAGGAGCGGCAGCGCGUCAAGGACACGAUCCUGUCCUUCAAGCGCGGCGCGACUGUGCUUCUGCGCGACUCGCUCGUCGCCCCCGACCCCCUCCCCGAUGCGGACCACCCCUUCGACCCCGCCACGACGCAGGAGCACGUCGCCGUCACCAACCACAAGGAAACGGUCUACGAGCGCGUCGGCCCCUACCUGUUUUCCUUCAGUGCGGGCAAUUUCUUCCAGAACAAUAACAGCGUCCUCGUCCCGCUCACCGAGUACGUCAAGGAGGCGAUUUUCCCCGAGGGCGUGCGUCCCCCCACGCACCUGGUCGACACGUACUGCGGCAGCGGUCUGUUCGGCAUCACGCUGAGUGGGUGUUUCGAGCGUGUCGCCGGCGUCGAGAUCUCGCAGGACAGCAUCAACUUUGCGACGCGCAAUGCCGAGCUCAACGGGCUCAGCGACAAGACGACCUGGCUGUGCGGCAAGGCCGAGGCGAUCUUUGCCGGCCUCGCCGAGCAGGGCUUUGCCGGCUCGCACUCGUGCGUCGUCAUCGACCCGCCCCGCAAGGGCUGCGACCAGCCGUUCCUCGAGCAGCUCCUCGACUUCCGCCCCCUCACGGCCGUCUAUGUCUCUUGCAACGUGCACACUCAGGCUAGGGAUGUGGGAUGGUUCGUCGCUGAGAGCGAGAAGCGCGGCCAGGGAAGGUGGAAGUACGUCCUCGAGUCGCUGCGCGGGUUCGACCUCUUCCCCCAGACGGCGCACGUCGAGAGCGUCGCCGUCCUCCGCUUCGUGCAGUUGUAG